UCCCUCGUUCGCCCCCUCUCUUUUGCCUCCCUUGUGUGUGUUGAUUGUUGCUGCUGCUCCUCGCCCUCCGUUUCUGGUUUCUUUCCUUUUUUGUUUUGUUUUGUUUCUUCCUUUUUCUUUUUUCUGUUUUUUUCGCCAGCGACCCACAUUGUGUAGCCUUGCACACAGGGUUUCUUUCUGGUCGCCAUGGAAGCACUUCACUUAGGUCGCGGAGCUGUGGGGCAUCUUAGAAAGACUCCGAUGGAAAGGUCGUGUCUAUCGUCACAUGCUCCGACAAGAGCUUCUCCAGGCUUAAAUGUGCUAGGGGUUGUGAAGAGUGUGCGAUGUAGCAGCAGCGGCAGCGGCGUUGUGCAGACUGAGCGCAGAGGAGCUGUUAUCGAUGGAAAAUCAAUUGCCGGACAGAUUCGGAAGGAGAUUGCGGCCGAAGUUGCAAAUCUGAAAGAGACUGUGGGAAAGGUGCCUGGCCUGGCUGUUGUCUUGGUAGGAACUCGGAAAGACUCCGAGACCUAUGUGCGCAGCAAGAAAAAAGCCUGUGAAGAGGUUGGGUUUGCGUCGUUUGGCGUGACCUUACCAGAGGAUGCUACCCAAGAGGAAAUUGUGAAUUGUGUGAACCAGUUCAACGAUGAUCCGGAGGUUCAUGGGAUUUUGGUCCAGCUCCCUCUUCCCAAGCACAUCAACGAGGAGGCAGUGGUAGGAGCGGUUAGUUUUGAGAAAGAUGUGGAUGGCUUCCACCCAAUUAAUGUGGGGACUUUGUGCAUGCAAGGAAGGAAACCUCUUUUUGUACCUUGCACACCUAAGGGAUGCAUAGAGUUGCUGUUGCGCUCGGGGGUUGAAUUGAAAGGUAAACGUGCCGUUGUAAUUGGCCGAAGCAACAUCGUGGGCACACCCGCUGCCCAGCUUUUACAGCGACAAAAUGCAACAGUUACUGUGGUACAUUCCGCCACAACAAAUCCGGCAGAGAUAGUUAGGGAAGCUGACAUUGUGGUCGCAGCUUUGGGAAAAGCUGAAUUCGUUCGAGGCGAUUGGCUCAAGCCAGGAGCAGUAGUUAUUGAUGUGGGCAUUAACGCCGUGGAUGAUCCUUCAACAAAGAAAGGAUAUCGCUUGGUAGGAGAUGUAUGUUAUAAAGAGGCCAGUCAAGUAGCAUCGAUGAUCACACCAGUGCCAGGAGGAGUGGGACCUAUGACUAUUGCGAUGUUGCUUGCUAACACGCUUGACGCUGCCAAACGUUCUUUUGGAGUCGAAAAUGCUUGAUUCAUGUGCUCUGUUUAGACAAGGUAGUUCACCUUCAAUCAUUCAGGAGAUCAUCACUCGGCUGGAAAGCUGCUGAUUGAUAUAUCUGGCAUGCCCUGGCUGGCAUGAGUUGUGAUAACCUAGUGGGAGUUGGGGGGUAGUUCCUAUAAUUUAUUACUCCAUCGUUUAGGAUAAAGGAACGCUUGACCAUUACUAUUAAGGUUGGAAUAGGAUCCAGUAAGAAUCCUUCAGAGUUUUCAUUACAAUUUUAGGUGCGAUUCUGGUAUAGAGCCGUUUAUUGCCUUGGCAAUCGGGCGCCAGCCUGCUUGAAUGUAACUUAGUUGAAAAAGGUGAUUUUUUUUUCGGAUGGGAUAUUCAUACAA